ACAAAGGAUGUCACCAAGGGUUGGAAAAAGCGAGUUCUUAACGAAUGGCAAUCAGGCAAUCGCGUUGAGAAAACGACAAGGGGGUGGUACACGUUUCCAUAUCGAUAGUCGACAUUUACUCAUUGCACCUGUUCCAAAUGUGUAAAAAACAUCCGUCCAGAGGAAUCAACGCUACGCCGCGGCAGCGACAGGGUUAACGGGUCAUCUCUGCCCCCCUCCCCGCCAGACCCCUCGGGAAUAGGCGGAGAUUCCAAGAGGGACGCGUCGCGUACAGGAGAAGCCGAGAAACAAACUUGAGAGCGAAAUCACGACUUCCAGACGUGGUAGAUUUAUUUUUUUGUUGACAUUUGUAUUCCUUGUUCGCCACAGCCAGAGAACUAUGUGAUUCGAAGACAUGGAGUGACUGAAUGAUUGGGAUCAACGGGAGUCGUCUGUGGACCAGUACUGAGAUGGAACGAUACCGAAGUUUCUAAAGAAAACAUGCAGUGGUCAUUGAUCCUAUAUACGUGAUUGAGUUGCGUGUUUUGCUCAUUGAGCAGUUGCAAUGAUGGAUGAUAAUGUCCAACCACAACAUGAAGCGUAAAGGCGCCCCCAGCUUGACGGAAUGAGCGCGGAAUGGAAUACAAAUCUGGUCAACGUGGACGUUACUUCGGUGUUUUGCAUUGACCGAGUGGACUCCAUCCAUUAAGACGUCCUUCGGACAAUCCACGAGACGGUAUUGGUUAGGCCUACUCAGUUAUUUUGAGGUAUUUUGUUUCCCCAACAAGUGACACAAUGAUGAACCCAGCGACAUUGUUGCGGCGUGCAACUCUGUGCUGCAUGGUUUUCGAGAUACUUUGGCACAGCGGUCAAGGUCUCAACGUGUGUAUGAGUGGCAGUGCGACAUCAUGUGAAGAAUGCAUCUUAAUUCACCCAAGUUGCGCCUGGUGCGCACAAGAGGGCUUCGGAAGAGUGAGAUGUGACCUCACUCAAAGUCUACACAUCCGGGGCUGCAAGGCCCAGUUCAUCGAGUUCCCCAGCAGUCAGACCUCCAUCCUGAAGAGCAACCCACUGAGCACUAAAGGGUCCGCACCCUCCCAGAACGAGGUCACCCAGAUCAUGCCGCAGAAGAUCUCUGUGAGCCUGCGGCCAGGUGACCAGACGUCGUUCAAGGUGCAGGUGAGGCAGGUGGAGGACUACCCGGUGGACCUCUACUACCUGAUGGACCUCUCCCUCUCCAUGAAGGACGACCUGGUGACCAUCCACAACCUGGGCACCAAGCUCACCGAGGAGAUGAGCCGACUCACCAGCAACUUCAGGCUGGGCUUCGGCACCUUCGUGGACAAGAACAUUUCCCCCUUUUCCUACACAGAGCCCAAGUAUCAGAACAACCCCUGCAAUGGAUACAAGCUGUUCCCCAACUGCGUGCCAUCCUUUGGCUUCCGCCACGUCCUGUCGCUCACGGACAAGGUGGACCGCUUCAACCAGGAGGUGCAGAAGCAGAUGGUGUCGCGCAACCGGGACGCUCCGGAGGGCGGCUUCGACGCCAUAGUGCAGGCCGCCGUCUGCAAGGAGGAGAUCGGCUGGAGGAAGGAGGCCUUCCACCUUCUGGUGUUCGCCACGGACGACGUGCCCCACCUGGCCCUGGACGGGAAGCUGGGAGGGCUGGUCAAUCCCAACGACGGAGAGUGUCACCUGGACAAGAACAACGAGAACAGUGCUUCCACCCAGAUGGAUUAUCCCUCUCUCGGUCUGCUUGGAGAAAAACUGGCCGAAAAUAAUAUCUAUCUCAUCUUUGCGGUGACGAGGAGGUAUUACGUCAUUUACAAGAAUUAUACUGCCCUCAUUCCGGGAACGACAGUUGAAAUCCUCGACAUGGACUCAAAGAACAUCAUUCAACUGAUCGUCAAUGCCUACAACAACAUCCGGUCCAAAGUGGAGCUGACCGUGUCGGACCAACCAGAGGACAUCAGUCUGUCCUUCACCGCCACCUGCCAGGACGGACAGCCGCUACCGGGCCUCCGGAAGUGCUCUGACCUGAAGAUAGGGGACACCGUGUCCUUUGACGUGAACGUGGAGGCGAGGAGCUGCCCCAAAGGAGCAGCGAGCCAGAGCUUCACCAUCAAACCGGUGGGUUUCAAAGACCGGCUGGAGGUGACAGUGGACUACAGCUGUGACUGCGGCUGCACCCGGGCCGCGCAGACCAACAGCAGCGUCUGCAGCUCCACCGGUACCUUCACCUGCGGGAAGUGCUACUGCGAACCGGGCUACCUGGGCUCCCACUGUGAGUGUCAGGAGGGCGAGUCUGGCAACAACCCCCUGGGCGCCUGCAGGGAGGCGGAGGGCAAGCGGAUGUGCAGCGGGCGAGGGGAGUGCAGUUGCAACCAGUGCCUGUGCUACGAGUCGGAGUUCGGCAAGGUCUACGGCAGCUUCUGCGAGUGCGACGACUUCUCGUGUGCCCGCCACAAGGGGGUCCUCUGCGCAGGCCACGGAGAGUGCCACUGCGGGGAAUGCAAGUGCCACGCCGGCUACAUCGGCGACAACUGCAACUGUUCCACGGAGACCACCUCGUGCCUUGCCGACGACGGCCAGCUGUGCAGCGGCAGGGGCCACUGCGUGUGUGGCCACUGCCACUGCUCCGAGCCCGGGGCCUUCGGAGACACCUGUGAGAAGUGCCCCACAUGCCCUGACGCCUGCGGCACCAAGAGGGAGUGCAUUGAGUGCCGACUGUUCAACUCUGGCCCCCUCGCUGACAACCAGACCUGUCAACGCCUGUGCAAGGAUGAAAUCAUCACCGUGGAAGCACUGGACACGGACGACUCGGCUGGCGUGCUGUGCCUGUACAAGUCAGAGAACGACUGCGUUAUGAAGUUCAUGUACUCGGAGCACGCUAACGGAAAAUCCAUCCUCACCGCCCUGAAAGAGCCAGAGUGUGGUGGAGGUCCAGAUGCCCUCAUGGUGCUGCUGGCGGUGGUGGGCAGCAUCCUGAUGGUGGGAAUCAUAUUGCUAGCCGCCUGGAAACUGGCCAUCACCGUUCACGACCGCAGGGCGUUUGCACAGUUCCAGAACGCUCGCUGCCGGGCGCGAUACGAGGUGGCUUCCAACCCUGUUUACAAGCAGCCGGGGGCCAGCGACGCCGUGAGGGAGGACUUCAGCAUGUACGAUAAGCCUUUCAACGGAGGCCACCACUGAUCUGAUCCCCCCCGUCCCCGUCCCCGUUCCCGUUCCCGUCCCCGUCCCCGUCCCCGUCCCCAGCCUCCGCGGGGCGGCUGCUGGCGGCGGGACCCGUCCCAUCAGCCCGUCCCCGGAGGACAGGGUAGGGUCUUGUGGGGUCGGUGGACCAACGCUCACCCCACCCACUGGCUCCGUGACUACGCUAGGGAACGGACAUGACAUGCGUGUGUCGGAGACGACGUGUGACCUUAAAUAAAUGGAGAAAGAAGAAAAAAAGGCUCUUUGAAGAGUUAACAUCUGGCAGACCGCAGUGACUUAACUGAUUGGUCCUGCGUUAUUGCAACUUUGCAGCAGGUUAUGACACCCGGAAUGCUGAUUGGGUUGUGGUAUUGGUAUUGGUACUGAUCUGGUAUUGGGUUGUGUCCAAAAACAAGCUUGUUGGUUUGUAGAUAAUGGACACAAACGCACAAAAGACUUCAUAAAGAUAUACGGCACAUGACACUGACCUUUAUAAUCUUUUUGUAUAUAUCUUUUCAAUUUGAAAAAUGCCUUUUCUCACUCCCAGCUAUGCUUUCUACAAUACGGUACCCUCAGUAAGGGAACUUUAUAUAGCUUCGGAGGAUCUUCAGCUCAACACGAUUAUUGUGACCGUGGUGUUACUAACAAAUCAUUAGCAAUAGACAUUUGGGUAUUUGGGGUCUGAGGUGGGGUCUGAAAUCUCGACCCCCUACUUUGUAUGCCGUGUUCCCUCCUCAUUGAACUCCAUUCUCGUUAUCUGCAAUGUAAGACACUAACCUCAAGCGAACUGCAACCCAUCACAAAUGGAUGUACUGAUGCAUUUAUACAGGCCCAGAAUCAGGCCAUUGCCUUGCGAUGUAUUUUCAGAAUGCAGGGGUUUUCUGUGUUCUGUACUGAUUCAUCGACCAAGUGGCUUCGAAACAAUGAUUCUUAUCGUCCAACCAAAAUAAUCUAAGGGCCGAGGAUGAUUUCAUUGCAAGCUGUGGAUAUUGACACGCCCUUCCACCAAGCCAGCUUCGAUAAAGGCCAGAGAGACUUAGAGAGAGAGAGAAGAAAGAAAAUUAACGCACUCCGGAGUUGACUCACAUAACUGCACUGGAAAAUCUUGGAAGUGGGUGACAAGAAGCUAGAAGUGAAAGGGGGGGCAGCUUUUUGGUACUUUUGUGGCAGGCCUCACGUUUCUGUUGCAGGGUGACUGUUUGGGCAGACAGACGUGUGGGCGGGGGGGCGGGUGCUUUGGCCCAGAAAAAUAUGAGCUCAUCCAAAUGAGAACCGCCCGGGGUAUAUCCUCUAUUAGAAUGGUACGAAAUGUGUCUGCACAGCCUUUCAGAACAAGUUAAUGCAACAGACCAGGAAUGGGAAAAAACAAUAAAUUGAUUUACAUCAAGGCAAGUGUCUUUUUUGGUUUACAUGUGUAAUACAAGCCGUUUCAAAAUCUGCCCAGACCUGUUCCUUGGUGACCUCACAGGUGGCCGUGGGAGUGUCCACCAAGAUAUCUGAUGGCUAGAUAGGUCUCCUAGUCUAGGCAGUGGACUACAUCUAGGUGGAACCAAAGGCAAAGGAAAGGGUUGUCAUGGCUAAUCACACUCACACCUGGUGGUACACCAGGGGCCUUUUACAGUUUUUCCUCAAUCGUUCAAACACACGUUUUCUGAAACUAUAGCUCAAUUUCUCAAAACUCUGAACACAAACCUGAGAAGAGUUAAUCAUUUACUCAAAGCUGAUUUUUUCCACCAGAGAGUAAACACAGCUAUCAAAUUAAUUUAUCUUAGAGAGCAUAAAUUAAACACUGGUGUGAUCAAUUCAAAACACUUCCAUCAAAAUACUAUUUACAUAUGUUUUGGCUCCAAGAGGCCAUGUAACGUAUUCCAAUGUAUAAAAUUGUUUAUAAAUAAUUUUCUUUUUGAAAGUUGCAAUUAGGUGUUACAUUUAGUAUAUAGGCUGUUGCCAUAUUGUAAUACAAUACUGCGAAUAUAUCAUAUAAAUAUUGCAUUGACACAAUCGCAUCAGAAUAGGAUACAAUGCAUGUUUGUCUAUCUAAUGAGCCCCAAUGGGCUAAACUCACAAUCCAAGCUUCCCAUUUAUAUUGUACACCUAUUAUUGAUGCUGCAACAUUGUUCUGACAAUACACCAAUGUUACCUACCUUUGGCAAAUUACAGUACAAUAAUUGCACUGAUAAGAAAAAUGAAAAACUCUACAGUAAGAAAAUGUUUAGACUGUCUUUCAGGGAUGUAAUGAUGGAAUCAGUGCACAAGUACAAAAAGGCAACAAAGCAAAUAUUUAUUUGUUACUGUAAUACAGUAAAAUGUUCAGCUGAAUUGACUGCAUGAAAACCUUUUCGUAGGCCAAAUAAAAAUAUAAAUGAGGUGAAACAGAUCUACAUGUAAAUCAGUCUGUAUCCCACCUCCGAUCCUGUUUUGCAGGUUGAGUUUGAACAGGUGAGAGGAGUGAGUUAGACGUUUACAUGAUGACGGUCUGAACAGAAGACGCAAAAGUGGCGUCGCGUCUUCAGUUUUUAAUCCGCGUUAAAUCGAGCGUUUUCGGGAGGAAAUCUGCGUGCAUACGGUUACGCAAAGUGUGUGGAAUUCGGUUGGGUACAUGGAAUGCCAGGCGGCUAGGUGGUGCUGUGAUACAUAACACCGCUGUGUCUGUGUCUGCGCCGCGAAAACCAAAACAUAAUUACAGAUCAUUCUCCGUUCAGUAAUACUAUCUGUACAUAUCCUGUACAUUUCGUGGAAAGACUCCUGUACUCCUGUAUUUAUUAGAGCUGCCAGAGCAGCUUGACGGUCCGACGCAUGGAAAUAAUCUAACAUGUUUGUUUAUUUCCCUGUACUGGCGCAUGUAUGUGACGUAAACGCGUACGCGACGUGAGCAGAUCUG